UCCACCACCAACCACCACAGUACACUGCAAGACACAGCCACCGCUAUAUUUAUCAUCGCUAUAUAAUAUCGUUUUUUUUUUUUCAACAUUUAUAUUCGUGUUUGUCUUCUGAUCGUGUAUAAUUAAGUCGGAAAACCGAAAAAAUCGAAAAGCCGAUAGUAUGAUUGCACUUUGGACUUUUAAUGCACUUGUAUUCCUUUGCAAUUGGGCAUUUGUGUCUUCUUCGAUCUUGGCGCCACUAAAAGAUGACAGCAAUUUAAGAAUCUUUAAGGAGCUGCCCAACAAAUUUGAAUAUAUAACAAAGAGACACGGCAUCGAUGAUCGUAAAGAGGACGCCGAAUCUAAAGAAAGACGCAGUACUAUGAGCUCCUCUUUCAUCAGGUUCGGACGCAGUCAGUCUGCGUUCAACGUCAAUGACAAUUCGGCGGCACUCGAUAGCGAAACUGACUCGAAAGUUGAUAGACAUUCCCGACGAAAAUCGGCGGACAUUGUCAUCAGAUUUGGCCGGUCCAAAUUGAAGAAUGCUAAUAACGAACAACUUAAACGCGGGAAAAGCGAUCUUAAUUUCAUCAGGUUUGGUCGUAAUGUGCAACUUGUACCGGCCGAUGUCGAUUUGUCCGCUGUGUGUCAAACGAUCAUGUCAAACAACAUGAUAAGCGACGCGGAGCUUCAUCCGGACGUUGCGAGACUGCUUCGUCUUUGCAACAGUUUGAACAAGAUCACCGGCGAAAUCAAUGUGGACGACUUGUUCGAGGAUCAGGCCGACUUGAGUCGUCGCGAAUGAGAACUGGAUUUCUGCUGUUAUCCGAAACUCGUCCGAGAUCCGAUAUCGUCUCGUGCAGAGGAUUCACAAUCGUGAAUUUCACUUCAAAUUCGAUGACGGAUAUCAACGAGAAGUAUCAUCAACUCCCGUUUACUGAACUGAUUAAACCGACGAGUUGCAUUUAGAUUUGAAACGACGACCGACGCCACGUUACUGUCAACUUAACGGAGUUCCACACAUAUGCAAAAUCUAAAGAAAUAACAACGGUUAUUAAAACAAUCAGAGCAAGUUUGCUUCUGCAUCUUGCUUUUUGGUUAACUUAAAUCAAGUGCGACGUUUGUCGUAACGUUGCGUAUCAUACGGUCUAUAUUAUAAUUCAAUCAAUAUCUUUUGAUCUCUUACAAAAACAAAGUUGUAUUUUUAUGUAAUUUUGAUUGAGAACAUAUUUACAAUUAAUACACUAUUCUUCGUAUAAUUCGUAGUAUUUUUUUUCGCAACAAUAUUCCACAACAGCAAAGGAUUAUAAUCGUUUAUUUACUUACUACGACGCUGCGCAUCAAUCCUUUUAUUAUCCAGUUAGCCGAUCAUUCUAUAUUGCGCCGUUCUAUUUUGUUGCUAACUAUAGCGCAUUCACAAAUUUAUAGCGAAUGUCGAGUCGCGAAUUUCAGGCACGGCGUUGUACAUCCACACUUGCCUCACUUUACAUUUUUAGUGUACAUAUAUAUAUAUAUGUAUAUUUGACAUAUAUAUAUAUGUAUAUUUGACAUAAUAUUUGUUGUAUAGGAAAUAUCGUCAAUGUAGCCGCGCAGAUUCGUGUUGUGCGCCUUCUUUCUGUCGCGUCUAUAGCGUGUUGGUGCUAAAUUCUGAUUGGAUACAAUAGCAGUGUGCAAACGUACGUACAUAACAAUAAAAAUCGCUGAAUUAAACAUAUAGAUACAUAUGAAAAAAGAAGAAACUAGAACGCGUACUUCUAGUUCGAUGCAUAUCGGACGCAAGGAAACCAAUCAAGGUUUAGUUUUCACUGUUGCGUAACAGUAACGGAAUGCAGAAAACUGUUAUAGUCGCAGAAAAAUACGCUAACACUUGAUGAUACACAUAGGCAAACCGCGCUAGAAUAUCCAAACAAAAUCUCUCGCGUGUUAUAUAUAAUUACCAGACUGACUGUUGACUUAACACACAAAUCUAUAAUAGUAAUAUAAAUAUUACAGGGAUUCGUCGCAGAAUCACACAGAAAUACGCAUAUGUAUUGUAUCCAAUAGCAUAAAUGCCGUUCGUAUGAAAUAUGUAAAGUUAAUACGUAACUAUAUGUAAUUAAAAAGAAACAGUGGCUGGGA